AUGGCGCCGGCUAACGUAUUCACCACAGGCCAGAUCAGGAAGCUUGAGGGGAUUAUAGAGUUUGCUACAGAUCUUCUUUCCAAAUUACCGACCUCCCGUGACUCAAACUCGAGCGAGGUGAUUCUUUCCGAUCUGAAUCACCAUAUAUCCUCGGCCAGUGCUUUGACUGAGAAACGAGCAGUACCGCCAACCGGUAUUGCAGAAGAAUUGAGAGAUGUUGGCAGGAGACUAUGGAACGAGUGUAUCAAAGAGAGAAGAAAAAAGGACGGCAUUCUGUCAUCGUCCUCAAGGAUCCAACUACAAGCGCGCGCACGUGUUCUGGCCUUUCUUAUCCAUGCUUUAGCAAAAGAAACUCGGAACGAUAAGGAGGGAGGCCGCGUCGAAGAGAUUGCAAGUAUGAUUGAGUUGUCACUUGCGCUAGCUAGAGUUUGCGUUGAAUCAUCCGACCUUGAUGGCGCGCUUUUGAGCAUGACCAAGGCUACCGACUACAUCGACCGACUAAAGAUGGCGGAUGAUAUAACUACAGAGGACCAAGAUCAUAUACAACGGAUUGAGGCGGAAUACUUUGCGAUGCGGUGCGCCCUGUCGUGGAAACAAGGCUGUCUGGAUGUUGCCGAGCAUAUGUACGCAAAAGCGGAUAAUCUCCUACAACAUGUUGAUUCAUCUUCUGCCGAAAGGCUGGCCGAUACUUUUCACUGCAUUGGAAGCGAGCUCUUGUCAAAGGAGGAUUACGGCAUGGCUUUGAAAUGGCUGCGACGAGCGCUCAAAAUCAUUAAAACACAGGAGCUGGAAAGACUAUCGACGGAAGGACUCGAACUUCGAAUGUCCAUCCAUCACGAACUCAUUCAAACAUUGCUUGCUAUAGAUUCCGAGGAGCAUUUAGAAGAGGCGGACAAUCUAGUGUCGCAAGUGGAAUCCGAGAUAGGAGACAAACCAAUUGUUCUCCAUUGGAAACUGGAAAUUCUCCAAUGUUUUCCUAGGGAGCUUUUUGAUGCCGAUGCAUACGCGAGCAUUCUACGGCGUAUGAUCCGAUCGCUUACUCUUUCGGAUCCUGGGCUCGGAUUUCUGCUACAUGGUAUUGAAGAAUUGCGCACAAGGGGACCUCGGUUGGCAGUAGGUUUGAUGGAAGAGCUGAUAGCCAAGAAGCUGAUACCAUGUGGUAAUAUGAAUUGGGUAGGGAAAGCUGUAGUCCGACGUGUUUGGAUGGGCACAAUGGAAGCAGAUACGUCCACGGGAGUGGGGGAUUUGGUCCGACUUCUGGAUCAACUCACUCAAGAGAAGCUCAUUUGGAAGAGGCUCGAUGCAAACUAUGCCAAAAAGCAGUACGAAGAAUGUCAACUCUGGUGUCAAACAGCGCUUCAUCCUAUUUUUUCUCAUAGCUGCGAAGCCACUCAGGGAAAGUUCGGCCGAAGAAUGAUGCGCUGUGCGAUCUUAUGUGAGGAUGCAGAUUCUGCAUACACUGCUUUCAAUUCCAUGCCAACGAGUAUCCAGGACGAACCUCUUACGAGAUAUCUCAUGUUCAAGGUGGCUCUAAUGAGCUGGAAUUAUGAAACAGGACAUCAAUGUAUCGAGGUUCUGAGUAAGAUGCCAGACAAAUCCCAAUGUCAAGAUAUUAUAUAUGCCUGUGUCAGGGAUGCACAGAACGCCGGCGACAGGCUAAUGACACUGGAGACUCUGAAAGCAGCGGUCGAAACAUUUGAUAUGGAAGGCUCUUCAACUGCGAAUCUACCUUCGAUAUUCAGAUGUACGAUACGACUGAUACACCUGAUCGAUACCCCGCAGGAUGAACAUAUGGAUGGGGUUCCUGAGCUCACAGAAGAUACUUGUUGCAUGUUUGAGAGAGCCGCUGAGCACGCAAAGCUGGGCCCAAUAGACAAAGAAGGUGCCAAACUCUUCACAGUUCCAGAGUUACACUGGUUUCGGAAAAAUGCCUACAACAUUGGUGUAAUGAAGUGCCAUGUUUGGGAGCCGUGGCAUCUGGUUCGUAUCUUUCGCGUCUGCCUCAUCUUCGCAGCCUGCUACCCUCCUGAUCUCCCAUCGGAAGAUGUUUCUGGUAUAGGACUUAUGACGGCCCGUUGUCAUUUUGUCAUGGCAGCAGCACUGAUCUCGCAAGCACGUACCGAGGACAAAGUAGAUGAGCAACUCCAGUGGUAUCUUGAAGCAAGAUCUCACAUUUCAGAGUUUGACGCAUUCUUCAGUGAUCAUGUCCGGAAUGACCCACAGUCUGGUAUUUACCCAGACCUGCUGGCUAAGAUGUCAACACUCUUUGUAUUUGAUUUCGAGAGUGCCGUCUCUCUGAAGCAGUGGGACGAUUCGAGCGAAAUCAUCAGAAAGGCAACAGUCUGCAAAGAUGAGUCACUGUACAAAGCUAUGGCAGACUGCCUGUUGAGAAGUGAAGCUCCGGGUAAUGUUGUGUACGGAGCAAUGCGUCUUAUUAUCAACGAAAUAUACCUGCUAGAAGGUUUCGACAACACACGACUGGCAAAGUACAUACGCUGCUUAUUCAAGGCUAUUUUGCCCCUGGACGGUGGUUUGGCCUUGCAAGUCGUCGAACAAGCAGUCAAGCUCGCACGAGAAGGAAGCCAAGUACAAACUCCUUUCCCUGCAGAUGACUUGGACUACAUCGUCGCAGCAACUUUCAACCAUGCCGUUGAUAUCUCUGGGAGGGGUGACGAAGGGCUAUGCCAACAAUGGGUUAUGAAAGCUCUGGAACUCGCAGAGUACAUGGAUGACGGGGGUGAUAUGAGAGAGAGUUUACUCGAGAGAGCCGCUGAAAUGAGAUUAAGUAAGGAAACUGUACUCUAA